UAGAACAAUGCCUGCCACGCGUCGGAACUCAACUGCUUUCACAGCGGCUGGGCACAACUGACACGCGUGAAGGAACGCCGUGUCAUCUGAGUCCAACUUCAGGAAUCAUGCAGUUUCUAUUAAGAUUAAUCGUUUUCUUUUAUGUAUGGGGCAUUUUUACUGCUCAGGGACAAAAGGAAGAGGAGAGCACAGAGGAAGUGAAAAUCGAAGUUUUGCAUCGUCCAGAAAACUGUUCUAAGACAAGCAAGAAGGGAGACCUGCUAAAUGCCCAUUACGACGGCUUCUUGGCUAAAGACGGUUCGAAAUUCUACUGCAGCCGGACACAAAAUGAAGGCCACCCCAAAUGGUUUGUUCUUGGUGUUGGGCAAGUCAUAAAAGGCCUAGACAUUGCGAUGAUGGAUAUGUGCCCUGGAGAGAAGCGGAAAGUGAUUAUACCCCCUUCAUUUGCAUAUGGAAAGGAAGGCUAUGCAGAAGGCAAGAUUCCACCUCACGCAACACUGAUUUUUGAGAUUGAACUUUAUGCUGUGACGAAAGGACCACGAAGCAUUGAAACAUUUAAACAGAUAGACACGGACAAUGACAAGCAACUCUCUAAAACAGAGAUAAAUCACUACCUGAAAAGGGAAUUUGAAAAAGAUGACAAGCCACGCGACAAGUCAUAUCAGAAUGCAGUUUUAGAAGAUAUUUUUAAGAAGAAUGAUCAUGAUGGUGAUGGCUUCAUUUCUUCCAAGGAAUACAAUGUAUAUCACCAUGAUGAACUAUAGUAUAUUUUUAUUUCUAAAUUGUCUUAGCUACUUACUGUACUUUAUAUAUAAAACAAAGUCACUUUUCUAGAACUUGUAUUUUCUGUUUUCUUCCCAUGAGAACAUACUUUGAUCCCCUCAAUAUAUGUAAUUUUGACAUAAUAAAUGUGCGUUAUUUUGCAAAUUUAA